AGUCUGGGCGUGGGUCCUCAGGGCCACUGAGGCCUUUCAGGGAGGGGACCUUGGUCAGAGCCGAGUGCGCUUGGGAGUCCACAGGAGCGCCGCGGGCCUGGGCGCGCGGAUCGGAGAGGCUCCUGAACGGGGUUAGGGGAGAAUGUUGUCUGCCCUGCACGGAUUCGCGACCCCGGCAGUUCCUGGAGCCUCAUCCAGCACGCUUAGCAAGCAGUCCAUCUCUCAGUCCAACCCACCCUUCCAGGGUCGGAGUCACUCCAGAAGCUGAGCAGCCAUGACAUUUGCUGAGGAAAAGACCUAUAGGUAUAUCCGAGACAACCACAGCAAGUUUUGCUGUGUUGAUGUUCUGGAGAUCCUGCCUUACCUGUCCUGCCUCACACCCAGUGACCAGGAUCGACUACGGGCUUCCUACCAGCAACUAGGGAACCGGGACACACUCUGGGAACUCUUCAAUAAGCUCCAGCGUCGGCUUGGCUGGGUGGAGGUCUUCAUCCGGGCACUGAGGAUCUGUGAGCUCCCUGGACUGGCUGAGCAAGUGACUCGAGUUUAUCAGAGCUACCUGCCUCCUGGGACCUCACUCCGCUUUCUAGACCCACUGCAGUCACCAGCCAUUCCUGCCACGGUUUCUGGACCUUCUGCCUUAGCACCAGGCCAUAACAUCCCUGACAGUGGCUUCCAAGAGAAACCAAGUUACCCCAAGCCUGUCCAGGACACCCAGCCACCAGAGUCCCCAGUAGAGAAUUCAGAGCAACUCCCACAGGCCAACUUUGGGGCUGUUCCAAGGAUGUCUGGUGACUCUUUGAUACCUUCACCUCACCGGCAAGCUCUCAGCCCUCAGCCCUCCACAGGGCGUCGUGAGCAAGAACCAGAACUGGGUGGCACCAACACAGCAAAUGUUGACUCCGUUCCCAUAGCAACCUAUGGACCUGUGUCUCCAACUGUUUCCUUCCAGCCCCUUCCACGCAUUGCCCCGAGGACAAACCUCUUGCCUGGGGUCACAGUAUCAGCCCUAUCUGCUGAUACCUCCUUGUCCUCCUCUUCCACUGGAUCAGCUCAGGAAAAGGGGGCUGGUGACCAGGCCAAGGCUGCCACCUGUGUCAGCACUACGCCCACCGAUUCUUUCAGCUCAGUGUCUUCUAGCAGGCUGGAACCAGUAAAUACCAUGUCUUCCAAGUUGCCCAUCAGUUCAAAGUCCACUGCUACAAUGCCCUCUACUGUGCUCACUGAUAGAGCACCAUCAAAAUUACCCAUCAACUCAGUGUAUACUGGCACAGUGCCAUCCAAAGUGCCUGCUAGUGUGGCCAAAGCACCUGCCAACACAAUACCACCUGAGAGGAACAGCAAGCAAGCCAAGGAGACUCUGAAGGCUCCAGCAACCGUGGUCACCACUGGAAGCAACCUGACCAGACCAGAUGGCAGUUCCAGGAGCUUGUACUCUGGGCCAGAGAUGAGCAAGCCAGGUGUGCUGGUGUCCCAGGGCGAGCCAUUCUCAGCUUGCUCUAGCAUGGACCUUGCAAUCAGCUCUAGCAGCUCCUGGGGCUCAGACCCCAACCAUGGUCCAGAGGAGAAUGAGUAUUCAUCCUUUAGAAUCCAGGUGGAUGAAGGCCCCAGUGCUGAUCUAUUAGGAAGCCCUGGGCCACUAGACACCCAGCAGCCCGAAGAAGAGGAAGAGUGUUAUGUCAGUUCAGUGCCCUGGGCUAAGUGGCUUGGGGUGACCAGUGCACUCUUGGCUGCAUUCCUGGCAGUGAUGCUAUACCGUAGGCGCCUGGCCCAAUGAAGCCUCAGCUGUAUGCUGCUCACUUGUUCAGUUCUGCCAAGCAUGUGCUCUAGGCUUGGGCUAGUAGAGGCUGAGUCAGGGAACUUAGAUAUGUCAAGGUCCACUGAACUAUCCAGGUGGAUAGCUGCAGCAAGACGCCAUCACUGUGGGGUGGGGGAGAGACAUUGUUUCUAUCCUGGCUCAUGUCGUCUUCUGGUCCUCAGCUUUUGGGGGCACUGUAUUACCUCCAUUGUUUCUGACCUGCCCACAUGGCAGUGUAAGAUUUCAUGCUGUGUGUUCCUAAGGAGGUAUCCCCACCAGCCUCAUCCCUGUUGGCCCAAGCCUGAAGAUGAGGCAGUAUCACACUGUUGACAUUGUCCCUCAUCUGGCCCAGCUCUCCUGAAACACAAGCAUAGGUAACGUUGAGUGCUCAUAGCAUCUUAUGCCUUCCACCAGCAUCCUGGCCUAAGGCCUUGGCAGUAGAACCUGGGAGCAGCAGAGUGGCUGGUCUCUAGGGAGCUUUGAGUGCUUUGCCCCUUUGGUUCCUCUCCACAGCCACAUAACCCUAAGGGUGGGUCUGGGAGUCUCUGUGGACUCCAAGAAAGCCAGAAGCAGCUUUCAGGCCUAAGGAGGCCACUGGGAGCCUUGCUCCAGCCUCCUUAUCUCCCUUUUCACGUCUCUUCUCCUAGUCCACAUUCUCUUUGGCUUCCUACACUAGAGGAUGAGAGCCCUAGUGGGCAGAGCUCAGGCUGGGCUUGGAUCAGUUCCACCCUUUCUCUGGCCUUUAGCAGAUGCUGAGCUUCUCUAGUCUUGUUCCAAUAUGGACAGUAGGUAACUCUUCCUUUUACUUGGCUCCUCUGAGAUUGAAGGAUAUAGAUAUUUGCCUAGUGCCUAUCCCAGAGUGUGUAAGUACAAGUUUUUGCCCUCCUGCCCAGGCUGGUUGAGCUAAGGUAAGAGCGUGAGGGGCAGCAUGAAUAGUGGUAAUGGCACAGUAGCAGCCUUUGCCCCCAUCAUGCUUCUCCUCCCUGGUCAGGUGUAGACCUCACCUCUGUGCCUCACUUUUCUUACCUGUGAGAUGGGUUGAAUAUGCAUACAUUUAUGCUAAUAUAUUCUGGUUUUAUCAGGAUAAUUAAAGGAGUUUAUCUGUGCAAAUCUUGAGAGUUCCAAAUUUCUUAAAGGAUGGAUACAUGUUAUCACAUCAUCCUAGACUAUAUCUCUGUGUAGCCCUGACUGUCCUAGAAUUCACUCUGUAGACCAGGCUGGCCACAAACUCAGAUCCACCUGUCUCUUUCAAGUGCUAGGAUUAAAGGCAUCUGACACAUUAUCACUUUUAAAUGGAAAUGUGCUGGGGCUUUUGGAUGUAUAAACCUCAGUGAGAGAUAGGUGCUAGCACAUUCUUCCCUCCUCCAUAGGCAGAAACGAGUUACUCCUAUAGCAGAAAUACAGUUAGGUUUAAGCUGGGUGUGAUAGCUCAGCCCUUUAAUCCCAGUACUCAGGAGGCAGAGGCAGGCAGAUCUCUGAGUGAGUUCAAGACCAGCUUGGUCUAUACAGCAAGUUCCAGGCCAACCAGUCUCCAGAAAAUGAAAUACAAUGAUAUAUAUUCAGACUAUUGUCCUGGGUUCUCUUAAGGUGCCCUUUGCUGGACAAGGGAUAAUUAUGGAGCCAUUUCCAUCUCUGGGCUCUAUAGUGAACACAAACUUUGGAGAAAUCGGGGAUGAGGGUUGCUAUUACAAUCUUCCCUACAUACCCUAAAUACCCAUACUUUCUGAACUUCAAGGCAUACUUCAACUUGUGCCAAGAAUCUAGGUGUAACCUGUUCCCAAGUUGUCUCCACACCUUUUAUGACCUUUGUGUCUAACGAACCCAUGCUGGGCCAUGUUAGUCAACAGUUGUGUGUGGGUACUAGUUUUAGUGUGGUACCAUUCUAGUGUAGCUUUUAAAGACUAAUCUCAAUAAUACAAUAUGUAGCCCUACAGAGGUCACCCAGAUGGUGAGAUUUCAAGCACUGGUCCCUAGGCAUCUCUUAGGUAGGAAGUAUCAAAGGCCUUCCCUGUACUUGGCAAAUUUUGAUGACCAGGCCAGCAUUCAAUGACACCUAUAUAUCAGCUGGCCUUUUAGAUGCCACCUUCAGGAAGAGGAAGUCUUUGGCAGUGUCAGGUCCCAAGAGUCCAAUGUUUGUGUGUUGCUUUCAGCUGCAGUAGGAAUCAUAGCUGUGUAGAAGGGAGAGUUGGAGCAGGUCUGGACAAGGUGAACCAGAACCCAGAGAACAGAAGGAGUAUCUGUACCCACAGAAGGAAUCUGGGUACAUACCUACGGACUUGAGGAAACAGCGUUUCCUUUUUAAUGAUCACUGUUGGCUGGAGGGAACUAGUGACUCCUAAGCAUCCAUACACAGACCCACAGGCAAAAGAGCCUACCCCCCUUUUUUCUCUGGUGAAGAAUUCCCAGAAGCCUAAGGACUCUGACUGCUCUACCCCUGCCAAGUCCCAAUGGGCCUGCUGUGACUGAAUUUGGUGCAGUGCCAUUCCUUCACUUCCUUUCCCUUGCUAGAUGCCUUCAUUUAUGGGACUCUGUCAGAGAUGAGAGACACCCAUCAUGGGUAUAUUUCAUUACAUCAGGGACCUGUGUCUUAUCAUGCCACCUUAGGCCUGGCAACCUUUUCUAGCAGGCAGAAAUUCCCAUGCAGGCAAGAUUCAAAUAACAUGACUCAUUAUAUCUCCUAGGAGUAGAAUCACUCAGAUCCUAUGGUCCAUAUUGUCCAUAGAUGCACUAUUAUAGAGGUGAAUGCUGACACUCCCCCUACCCCUACAAAAGGAAAGUCUCUUGGCCAGGACAACAUGUAAAGUGAAAAUUUUUACAUCAAAACAUUCCUGCCCAAUAUAUCAAGAUCUCUCAUCUACUCUAAUAGUAAAGUAACACUGUAAUUAGUACAGUCUCAGGGAUGACAUAACCAUGUGAUUAUAACCAUGGAUGUGCCCAAAGUCAGAACCCUCAGGCUGGGUGUGAUGGGGUAGGGGAUAUGAACCUUUAAUUCCACUCCUUAAGAACUCCAUUGAUUGCUGGGCAGUGGUGGCGCACACCUUUAAUCCCAGCACUUA